AUGUCUGAGCAGAAGGAAGGCAUGGCCGUUGCCGUGGCAGCUGGCCUUGCUGCGGCCGCUGCUGCGAUGGAUGACCAGAUCGACCAAAACGCGCUGCAGGAGUUCAUGCGCCAGCAGAUGAAUCGAGUUGGAGGCCGAGGGGGUGUCGCCGACGCGAGAGACGCAGGGGAAAAGAACAACGCCGCGCACGACGGAGUUUCAGACGCCGGCGCAACAGCUGCGAGCGUGGCGACGGACGGAAAGGCCGCGAAUGUCCGAACCCCGGGAUUUUCAACAGAUUUCGAAGCUGCAAAGCACAAACAUCUGCGAGAGGUUGACGACCAGUCGGCCGUCGUGGUUGCCAGGGCAGACGGGUCCGCAGGUGCACCUGUGUCUGCAUCUUCGUGGACGGACUUGAACCUCAAGAAAGAGCUGUUGCUGGGCGUGGAAAACCAGGGCUUCAGCAAGCCUUCGAAAAUUCAAGCUGCCGCUCUUCCUUUGAUUUUCGACCGCGAUGAGAAUCUAAUUGCCCAGGCGCAAAACGGAAGCGGAAAGACUGCAACAUUUGCUCUGGCGAUGUUGACGAAAGUGGAUAAUAACCUGAAGGCGCCACAAGCCCUCUGUCUCUGUCCCACUCGAGAGCUGGCGCAGCAGACCGUCCGCGUCAUUGAGUCCCUGGCGAGGUUCACCGACACUUCCAUUUUUGUGGCUAUCCCACAAAAAUCAGAUGCGCCUGCUGCCUCUCCGAUGCCGGCGCAGGGAACGGGAAAGUGCACAGUGUACACCACGUUGACGAGCUCUGUCGUGCAGUCGCCCAUCGUCGUGGGGACUCCGGGGAAGUGUAUGGAGUUGCUUAAGAAGAGGAAGUUCGGGGCGGACUCGGUCAAGCUUUUUGUGCUGGAUGAGGCCGACGAGCUCAUCAACUUCUCCAACAACAUGGCUCCCCAGGUGCAGCAGAUUCGGCGCUUCUUCCCUCAACGUCUCCAAAUUCUUCUUUUCUCGGCUACGUUCUCCGAAGAAGUCCGAGGGUUUGCAGAGAAACUUAUGCCAACAGCGAACAAAAUCACUGUGAAAAAGGAGGAACUGACUCUUUCGUGCAUCAAGCAGUACUAUAUCCCUUGCGAUCAGAGAGCGGCGUCUCUGGGCGCCAUCCCGACUCCGGCUAGAGACUCGCCUCUGCCCUACCGUCUCGAUUCGUCUUUCUACCAGAAGUUUGCCGUCCUGUCCUCCUUGUACUCGUCUAUGUGCCUUGGCCAGUCGGUCAUUUUCGUUAACAGUCGAAGAAGCGCCUUUUCCUUGGCACUCAAGAUGCAGGAAGACGGCUACGCCGUCUCGCUUAUCUGCGGAACUCAAGCGCAGGGGCCUGAGAAGAUGGGCAUUGAAAUGCGAGACCGCAUCAUGGACGAGUUCCGGAAAGGCGAAACAAAAGUGCUGAUCUGCACGGAUGUCUUGGCGCGCGGUAUCGAUGUGCCCCAAGUCACUCUCGUCGUUAAUUUCGACUUGCCACUCGUCUACCAAGGACGCGUCGGCGGGCCAGAAGGCGUGCAGGGAGUCACCAGGCAGGGUGUAGGGAGAGGCGGGUGGGAAGGCGCACAGGCGGAUGGCAUGCAGGCAGCCGGCCGAGAGGGCCCGCGGGUGAAUAUGGAAACGUAUAUCCACCGCAUUGGUCGCACUGGACGGUUCGGGCUGAAAGGCAUUGCCAUCAAUCUGGUCAACAGUCACGAAGAGCAUCUGCUUCAGCAAAUCCGAGAUUUUUACAGGUGCGACAUUGAGUGUAUGAACGAGGACCCUGAAGACAUCGAAGAAAUGAUCAGAAAACUGAGAAUAUGA